AUGAAGUACGCUUUCGUUGCCCUUGCCCUCGCCGCCGCCGCGCGUGCCCAGUCCCGAAGUGACAUUCCCUCGUGUGCCAUCGACUGCCUGGACUCGGCCAUCACCAGCGAGACCAGCUGCUCGACCACCGACUACACCUGCGUCUGCAAGAACUUCGACUCCAUCCAGGGCAGUGCUACCGGCUGUGUCAUCAAGGCUUGCGGUGCCGACGUCGCCGUCAACGAGGUCCUCCCCGCCGUCGAGGCUCUUUGCGCUGCUGUCGCAAGCGGCGGCAGCGAGACCACCGCCGCUGCUGAGACUACCGCCGCUGCCGCGACCACCUCUGCCGCUGCCGUGACCACCUCUGCUGCUGCCGUGACCACCUCUGCUGCUGCUGAGACCACUUCUGCCGCUGUCGAGACCACCUCUGCCGCUGCUGAGACCACCGCCGCUGCUGAGACCACCACCGUCGUCACCAAGCCCGCCACCUCCCCCAACGCCACCGUGAGCACCUCCCAGCCCUCGAACACCGCCACCGUUGUUACCGGCGGCGCUGCUGCCCUCGGCUCCAUUGGCGGCCUGGCCAUGCUUGUUCUCGGUGCCCUUGCUCUGUAA